GCAGACAGCGUGUUUGACCCCGCCCUUCUUCUGCAGAAAAGCGUUUCUGGGCGCCACGGCUGAAUGUUAAUACCGAAAGUGUCCUACGGCACGUACGCCGCUGAAAUGUCUGCUGCGGCUCCAGAAGAAACACCCGAGCUGAGUGUUAAGAGCGAUGCACCGCCCGGAGAGACACAAUGCAUCGGCGAGGAGGGAAAAAAUGGCCUAACCGAGCCAGAAAAAGGGGGACCGCGCAGUAGCGUAGAACCGAAAAUGGAAGGGGUGGAGGCGGAGGCCAGCGAAGAGAAGCCCGCUGCAGAGAGAGAGGAGGCCGCGACCGAGGCGGUGACAGCCGGCAGUGCUGUGGGGAACCAGGGGGAGACAGCCGGAGAACAACCGGAGCUAAAGCCGGAGGAAAAGCCAGAGGGAAAGCCAGAGGAAAAGCCAAGCCCGGAGGAUGGUAACAACAUCCCUGCUGCCAACGAUAACGCAUUAAAAGACGCAAAGGAGGAACCGGUAGAGGAGAACCGGUGUUCGGGGGUAAACAUGGAAAAGAGCAAAACAGCGUGUGAAGAUGGUGAGAAGCCCGGCGGCGGGGGCGGGGAGCUGGCCGACAAGAGGCGGCCGAGUGUGGAGAUCUCAUCCUCGGAUGGUGAACCGCUGAGCCGCAUAGACUCGGAGGACAGUAUCAGCAGUACCCUGAUGGAGAUGGAGAGCACAGUGUCCAGUGGGCGCUCCACACCUGCUAUGAUGAACGGACAGAGCAAUGCCAGCUCCUCCGGGGUGAAGACAGUGGCUUACCCCUGCUGCUGGGACCUCUGUCCACAGUGCUUCAACUCCAGUCCCGACCUGGCAGAGCACAUCAGGGGCAUUCAUGUCGACGGGCAGCGAGGAGGGGUGUUUGUGUGUCUAUGGAAGGGAUGUAAGGUCUACAACACACCAUCCACCAGUCAGAGUUGGCUCCAGAGACACAUGUUGACUCACAGUGGAGACAAACCCUUCAAGUGUGUAGUCGGUGGCUGCAACACCAGCUUUGCCUCCCAGGGGGGGUUAGCUCGUCACGUCCCCAGCCACUUCAGCCAGCAGAGCUCCUCCAAGAUGUCCAGCCAGGCCAAACUCAAGGAGGAGUCCCCCUCCAAGGCAGGGCUCAACAAAAGAAAGAAGCUCAAGAACAAACGCAGGUGCUCCCUACCGACGCCCCACGACUUCUUCGAUGCCCAAACCAUGGACGCUAUCCGCCACAGGGCCAUCUGUCUGAACCUCGCCACCCACAUCGAGAGUGUGGGUAAGGGCCACAGUGUGGUCUUCCACAGCACGGUGCUAGCCAGAAGGAAAGAGGGAUCUGGCAAGGUGAAGGUCCUCCUGCAUUGGACACCUGAGGACAUAUUACCUGAUGUGUGGGUGAAUGAAACGGAGCGGUCGCAGCUGAAGACUAAAGUGGUGCACUUAUCCCAGUUACCGCAGGAUGCUGCCAUGCUGCUAGACCCAAACAUCUAUAGAGCACUUCCUCAAAAGAGACUGAAACGCAGCCUGUAGAGGGUCGUCUGUGGACUCCACACUAAAGGGGAAAUGCGUGUUCAUAGGAGGUUUGUCUUUAUGGGAUGGGACGCUCUUCAUCUGUGUCUGCUCAACGGGGGGAUUGAAGUGGCGAUAAAAGGAAGUGAAACUUGGCCGUGCUGCAGUUUUUCUUUCUUCACUUUGGUAUAUCUGAGCUGUUGUUCAGACGUGGUGGAAAACGGGACUUUGACAGUUUUUUUUAUUUUGUACUCUUUUUCAUCAAAAACUCAAGAAUGUUUUUUUUAACAAGCACCAAACUGAAAAUGUUCUUAAUAACCAAUAGUGUAAGAACUGUUGUGUGUAACCGUGUCAGAAAAGACAGCAUAUUUUAUAAGUGUUUUUGUGUAAAAUAUUUAUGCAGAUUUAUAUAACUUAUUUUUAUAUGAUGAAAGUGCUGGUGUUCUGUGGAUAUUUGUGAAGGUUUUGAUGAAACCAUAUUUACUGUGAUAGUAUAUGCUAACCGUCAUUUGUAGGGGUAUUAUAUAACUUUCUACUUUAAAUAACAUUGUAUAUUACAGAAGUCUUAACUGAUUAUCCUAUUUAUUCUUACUAAAUGCAGUACUUUUACCUGUGUGUUUGACAAUAAGAAGUGAGGUUCUGGUAGUCAUGUCAAACAUGACUAAUCUUACCCAGUCUGCAGACAGAGCAUAGAAAGACUCAGCACACACUCAAUGUGUAAAUCACCUCUGCUUCCCAGGAUAAAAAACUGUGUAUAUUAUAUUUAAGCACUAAAAGUUAUGGUUAAAAAAAUGUGUUUUUUUUAUAUUGUAUGUUGUGCCUGUUUGGAAUGGAUAUUCUCUGUUUGUAAUAAAAUGAGGGUAAACGA